AUGUCAGUGAGCUGCACAAAGCGAGCCAAUACACAAAAUCUUGCUCUGGGCAAUGUGGAAGAACUGUUGGAGAAUCAACAGCUUGAAAUUCAGUCAAGACUUUCUCAUCGAGAAAAGGUGACAGCUCCUGAAAGUGCAUUGAACUCUUGCACUGUGGUUGAAGGGCUUCUCUUUCCAGUUGAGUACUACGUCAGGACAACUCGACGCAUGUCUAAUUGCCAGAGGAAAGUGGAUCUCGAUGCUGUAAUUCUCAGCCAGCUAGGCAGAAGCAAGAAAGGUCAGCGAAGUAAGUGUAAGCAGAAAGAUGCAAAUUCAGAUCGGCCCUCUCAAGAAAGAGUUGAAAAUGAUUUCGAUCCCCAGUGGCUGGCCCCCAGACUGGAUAUCAGAGACUUUCACUUACCAGAUGAGGAAUUUGGACUAUUAAAACUUGAGAAAUUAGAAUCUUCCCCUGUGAAUGAUUUAGAAGUUUUUGUUCCUACUGCCUGUUUUACCAUCAGUGUGCAACGAGGUCUUCCCUAAUACACCAUCCAUACCUCCCUCGCAAGCAAGCCUAAGAAAGACAUAGCAGAACAGUUGACUCCGGCACUGCUUGAUGGCCUGGGAGAAGAGAGCUUGCAGCUUGUAUCAAAGCUAAAGGAUUCUUCAAGUUCCUGGGCUGUGGAUGUGAGUACCAUGUGGUGGGAAGCAGCUGGCUGCAGAGAGCUGUGUGUGGUGACUGCUUGUGAGAGUUCUGUCUCCUUGUGGAAACCUCUGGCAUCUGACCGCUGGGGAAAAGUCUAUACUUGGCAGGUUGGAGAGAUUCCCGUAAUACAGAUAGUUCCUCUGCCAGACACCUGCAAUCUUGUGUGCAUAGCAUUGGGAGAUUUGGAGAUUGGAGAAAUAAGGCUCUUGCUGUACUCCUCUGAGAAUGACUCAUUCAAGCAAUCACUAGUAAAGACUGGAAAUAUAAAAGCUGUUCUUGGGCUCAAGGAUAGGAGGCUGGUCAGCAGCAGCAGGACCGUGCAAGAGCAGCAAGUGGAAAUAGUAUCAUUUUCGGAGACAGGAAGGAGCAAGGAUGGACAGACUUUGAUGCCCCCCGAAGAAACUGUUUUAGCUUUUGCUGAAGUAGAAGGAAUGAGAGACGCCUUGGUUGGCACCACUGCAGUGAACAGCAUUGUUGUUUGGAAUUUGAAAACAGGCCAGCUCCUGAAGAAGAUGCACGUUGGUUAUUCCUACCCGGCUUCCAUCUGCCAUCGAGCAUAUUCCGACUCUGGCCUUCUGUUUGUUGUUUUAAGUCAUCCACACGCCAAAGAGAGCGAGACCUGUGGAAACCCCGCGUUCCGCGUGGUAGCGUUCAACCCCAAAACAGCCAGGAGCACAGGAGUGAUGUUCUCCUCCCUCCCACCUGGGCACGCUGGAAGGUACCUGGAGGGUGACGUGAAGGAUGCUUCAGCCGCAGCUGUGCUGACGUCAGGAGCCAUCGCGGUGUGGGACCUGCUGCUGGGGCAUUGCACGGCGCUGCUGCCCCCAGACCCGGAGGGGAGCUGGGCACUGGCCCGCUGGGCUACUGCCAGUGCCUGCCUGCUGGCCGCUCUCUUGCAGGUACCGCGGGCGGCCUGGCCGCUGUGCCGCCGGUUCUCCGACCUGCCGCCCCUGACCUUGGCCGACAUAAAGGACCGCGUCCUCUACGUCCUCAAACUGUACGACAAGAUCGACCCCGAGAAGCUCACGGCUGAGUCCCACUUCAUGAAAGACCUGGGUUUGGACAGUUUGGACCAAGUGGAAAUCAUCAUGGCUAUGGAAGAUGAAUUUGGAUUUGAAAUUCCUGAUGGAGAUGCAGAAAAGUUAAUGUGUCCGCAAGAGAUUGUAGAUUACAUUGCAGAUAAGAAGGAUGUUUAUGAAUAA